CGGAAGUGGGGGCGGAGAAGCGGGGUUUGGCCUGCCCGGGCGGUGGAAGCCGCGGUAGCUGUGGUACUGCUGGCGGACUUGGCGGGGCCCAAUGGCCUCCGCGAGCAUCGAUAUCGAGGACGCGACUCAGCAUCUCCGAGACAUCCUCAAGCUGGAUCGGCCGAGCGGUUCAGUCAACGAAAACCAGAGAUCAUCCACUUCAUACAAUGGAGACCUGAAUGGUUUGCUGGUGCCAGAUCCCAUAGCAUCUGGAGAUGGAGCUUCCCUGACGAAGCCAGUACCCCAAGCAGUUCCUCUGGGAGCACUUCAGGAGAAGCAAGUCAUCUGCCUCUCUGGAGAUGAUAGCUCUACCUGUAUGGUGAUAACUGCUAAAGAUGUUGAGAUAGUAGCCAGCAGCGACUCUAGCAUCACCAGUAAAGCUAGAGGGAGCAACAAGGUAAAAAUCCAGCCAGUGGCCAGGUAUGACUGGGAGCAGAAAUAUUACUAUGGUAACCUGAUUGCUGUGUCAAAUGCCUACCUGGCAUAUGCCAUUAGAGGUGCCAGCAAUGGCUCUGCAAUGGUUCGGGUCCUGAGCGUUAGCACGGCAGAGCGAACCCUGCUGAAGGGCUUCACAGGUGGAGUGGCAGACCUGGCUUUUGCUCACCUCAACUCCAACCAGCUCGCUUGCCUGGAUGAAGCUGGCAACCUCUUUGUCUGGCGCCUGGCCAUGGAGAAUGGAAAAAUCCAAGAGGAGAUCCUGGUAAACAUCAAGCGACCUGAUGGGACUCCUCUGAACAGCUCCCGGAGGAUCAUAUGGUGUCCCUUCAUCCCAGAUGAGAACGAGGAGAGCUGUGAGGAAGGCAGUCAGACCCUGGCACUCUUACAUGAGGAUAGGGCAGAGGUUUGGGACCUUGAUAUAAUCCGAGCCAAUCAUAAUUCAUGGCCAGUGGAAGUGACCAGCAUCAAAGAGGGCUUUAUUGUGGUAAAAGGUCACAGCACGCGUCUGAGUGAGGGAGCCCUUUCUCCAGAUGGAACUGUCUUGGCCACCGCAAGCCAUGAUGGCUUUGUCAAAUUCUGGCAGAUUUACAUAGAAGGGCAGGAUGAACCAAGGUGCCUGCAUGAAUGGAAGCCUCAUGAUGGUAGACCUCUCUCCUGCUUGCUGUUCUGUGACAACCAUAAAAAACAAGAUCCAGAAGUUCCCUUCUGGAGGUUUCUCAUCACAGGAGCAGAACAGAAUCGAGAGCUGAAGAUGUGGUGCACUGUAUCAUGGACCUGCCUACAGACUGUCCGAUUUUCUCCGGAUAUAUUCAGCUCCAUGAGUGUCCUUCCUAGUUUGAAGGCCUGCCUGGAUCUCUCAGCUGAAUACCUGAUUUUGAGUGAUGUGCAGAGAAAGGUCUUGUAUGUGAUGGAACUUGUGCAGAACCAGGAGGAGGGCAAAGCUUAUUUCAGCUCCAUCUCAGAGUUUCUGCUGACCCAUCCAGUCCUGAGUUUUGGCAUCCAGGUGGUCAGCCGCUGCCGGCUGAGACAUACAGAGGUCCUGCCAGCGGAAGAGGAGACUGAUGGCCUUAGUGCAGAAGGCACUCAAGGUACUGGAGCGGUAGAAUCAGCAGCGGGGGUGCUUAUCAAACUCUUUUGUGUCCACACCAAGGCCCUUCAGGAUGUGCAGAUCAGAUUCCAGCCUCUCCAUAGUCCAGACACAGCUGCUCCAAUUCCUCCCCAUGGCUCCCAUGAGGAUUUUGCAUUCCCAGAUCACCUUGCUGACCUGGGCGCAGAAGGGCUUGGAUCAGAGAAGGGAUCCGUGCAUGGCUCACAGCCUGACUUGCGCCGCAUUUCAGAGCUAUCUGUUCCCGUGGAUUUCCUCUCCCCUUCCAAUGACACAAAACCCAAGCUCAUGACUCCAGAUGCAUUCAUGACUCCCAGCACAUCUCUGCAGCAGGUCACGGUGUCACCUGGAAGCAGCAUUAGUUCCCUCACAGCUGUCACAACCAUGAGCACUUCUUCCAUCAGUGACCCCUCCAUUCCCAGGCCAGCUGAAGAAGUGUCUCUGAGCCCAAAGAUGCAGCUGGAUAGUAGCCUUACCCUAAGCGGCAGCAGUGGAAGUCUGCAGACAAGCCCUCGAAGUCAUUCGGUCCUCCUCCCUGGCCUUCCUGACAAACUGACCCCAAAGGCCCCCAUCCCGGUUUCCCCAGGGAAUGCACCUCUUGUGCUAGAGCGGCAGGAAGUGGAGCCUCUGGUGGUGCCCCAGUCUUCGCCUACUCGUGAGCGCUCCCCAGACGUCAUUUCCUCUGCCUCUACCGCCAUGUCUCAGGACAUCCCAGAGAUUGCCUCUGAGACCCUGCAGCGCAGCUUUGGAGGCGGCCCCCCUGGGCUCCCCGCAGAGAUGCUGGAUUCCAACCAUCACGCGGACAGUAUGGCUUCCGCAGCAUCAGCCUUGCACUUGCUCUCCCCGCGGAAUCGUCACAGCUCGGAGCACAGCCAUCACUCCUUGGACAUGGCCCCCAAUGAAGUGGACAUGCUGACUGCGCCUUCGCUGCUGGAGGCAGCCUUACCUCAGGAAAACGUGGCUUCUGACGCUGGCGUGAGCCAACCGUGGCCAGCUGCCCCUGACAUCACCAGGGAGACCAGGAACAGCAUGGCGGACAGCCCCAGGAAUGAAGUGGAAGAAAAACACAAGAGCUCCUACCACAGGCACAGCUACCACCUCCUGCAGCAUGACAGCCAGGAUGCCAGCGCUGAACAAAGUGACCAUGAUGAUGAAGUUGCAAGCUUGGCUUCUACGUCUGGUGGAUUUAGUGCCAAAGCAGCUGCACAGCGCCUGCCUGUGAAGGACUGGAAAGCCAAAGUGUCGCCUCGAGCAUCUCCAAAGCUAAAGAGGAAGGGGAAGAAAGAUGAUGGGGAUGUGCAACAGUCCCCAAGAGCCUUUGAUCAGCAGGUCGCUCCUGAGUACCAGGAUGAGCUGUUGUCUCUUCUGAGGACCCAGCAGAGGGAGAUUGUUGAACUGAGACAGAACCAGAUGGAACUCAUGCAGAGGCUCACCGACCACCUGGAUGCUGUGCAGAGCUCCCUCAUGGGCCACAUUGAGCGAGUGGUGGAUUCCCAGCAAGAGCAGGAGCAGCGGAGGCUGGACCAGGCCUUAGCUGAGGGACAGCAGCGCAGUGGGCAACUGCAGGAGCAUCUGUCCCAGCAGCUUUCCCAGUCCCUCUCCACGGCUGCCUGCAACCGGCUGGAAAGGACCAUCCGCGAGGAGAUGAAAAAGACGGUGCCCCCGUGCGUUUCCAAGACUUUGGAUCCCAUCACUGGGCAGCUGAAUAACACCAUUGCCACCAAGCUUACAGCCAUUGAGGGGACACUGAAGGAGAACGUCACCAAACUGGUGAAAUCAAAGAACCUUACAGAUGCCAUUGCCCGGGCGGCUGCCGAUGCCUUGCAGGGCCCCAUGCAGUCGGCAUACAGGGAGGCGUUCCAGAGUGUGGUGCUUCCUGCUUUUGAGAAGAGCUGUCAAUCAAUGUUCCAGCAGAUCAAUGACACCUUCAAGCAAGGCACACAAGAAUAUAUUCAGCAGCUGGAGACCCACAUGAAGAGUAAGAAAGCGCGAGAGCAGGAUGCCCGGGACUCUGUGGUGAGCCAGCUCCGGCAGCUGGUCAACAACUUCCAGAGCACAACUGAUCAGCUGGCAGCCACCAUUACGGCCAGCAUGCACUCCGAGGUGCAGCAUCAGCUUCACGUCAUCGUGGGCAACAUGCAGGAGUCCAUCCUGGCCCAAGUCCAGCGGGUGAUCAAAGGGGAGGUGAGCAUGGCCAUGAAGGAGCAGCAGGCUGCUGUCACCUCCAGCAUCAUGCAGGCCAUGCGCUCUGCUGCAGGCACUCCAAUCCCUGCCACUCACCUCGACUUCCAGUCCCAGCAGGCUCACGUGUUACAGCUGUUGCAGCAGGGGCACCUGAAUCAAGCCUUCCAGCAGGCUCUCACUGCAGCAGAUUUGAACCUAGUCCUCUACGUCUGUGAGACAGUUGACCCUCAGCAAGUGUUUGGGCAGCAUCCUUGCCCCCUGUCCCAGCCUGUCCUCUUGUCUCUCAUUCAGCAGCUCUCCUCAGAUUUGGGAGCUCGGACAGAACUGAAACUGAAUUACCUGGAGGAGGCAGUGAUGCAUCUAGACCACAGCGACCCCAUCACCCGCGACCACAUGGGCUCUGUGAUGAACCAAGUGCGGCAGAAGCUCUUCCAGUUCCUGCAGGCAGAGCCUCACAACACCCUGAGCAAGCCGGCCCGCCGACUCAUGAUCAUGCUUCAAGGCCUGGUCACACCCAGCAUGUCCUAACAAGGCUCCAGCAGCCUCUCCACAAGGGCGUCCAUCAUUGCUAACCAAAUGUGGCUUUUUCUUUUCUUUUUCUAAUGCUCUUGCUGGGAAAAUACGUCCGCGCUACAGAUGUGUGGGAUGGAUAGAAGGGUCUGAGCCCCAGCUGUGUUAGCCCCGUAUAAUCCAGUUCUUUUCUGUGUGAGCAGACCAUGGCCCUACCCACCACCUGCCUCUCUUUGUACUGUACAAGUUAGAUGCGCAGACACUAAUCCCAUCUUCCUCCUAUUUUCUAGCUUGGAGCCCCUCCCCAAGAAUUUGAGGGGUUUGGCAGAGCUUGGCAAGCCUUGCCCUUUUGUUUCAGGAGUACCCUGCCAAGGUAGUCGGAGGUCAAAGGUGCCAGCGGGUUGUGAGUCACAGCAGCCAUAGUGAAGUAUUGCCUCCACCUGCGCGGCUUGUGGGUGAGGGAUGAAAAGUUCAUGAAGCCCACCCGUCCUGGGAAGCAGCGUUGGUUCUUUGUGUGGUGGAGCAUGUUCAUGAGUUAGACAACUCCUUUCAUCAUUAUUAUUAUUUUGCUUUUACACCACUUUUUUCCUUUUUAUCUAGACUCUUAAUCUUUCAUUUUUGAAUAAUGUUUAACAAGUUCAAUAAAUGACUUUUUUGGAGGAAAAAAAA